GCUCCACGCUCUCGUCGCGUCGGCGUCGGCGUCGCGUCUUCCGGCUGCCGCCUAUCCCACAGACCCCCUCCUUCGCUUCGCGCCGCCGCCCUCCGCUAGCGCCACCGCGGCGAGGGGGGUAGAGGGAGAGGGGAGGGAUGAGGGUGAAGAGGCGGUCCAAGCACCGCAAGGUGGUCAAGUUCUACGCCACCUGCUUCGGCUUCCGCGAGCCCUACAGGGUGCUCGUCGACGGCACCUUCGUCUACCACCUCCUCCUGCACCGCCUCCUCCCCGCCGACGACGCCCUCCAGUCCCUCCUCUCCGCCUCCAGGCCCCCGCCCCUCUUCACCUCCAAGUGCGUCCUCGCCGAGCUCAGGCGCCUCGGCAAGUCCCACGCCGAGGCAUUCGACGCCGCCGGCCUGCUCGCCACAGCCAAGUGUGAGCAUGACAAGGUAGUCAGUGCUGUGGAUUGUAUUCUGUCUCUGAUUGGUGACAAGAAUCAUGAACACUUCUUUGUCGCCACCCAGGAUUCUGAUCUCCGGGCAAAGCUACGAGAGGUUCCUGGUGUUCCUGUGAUAUAUGGUUUGAAGAGCUCCUUGUUUAUUGAACAGCCCUCUGUGCAGCAACGUAAAUUUGCUCAAUUGGAUGAGGAGAAGCGUUUGCAUAUGGGUAAAACAGAAUAUCAGAUGCAAUUGAAGGUGGCAUCAGAUGGAAAGAUGGCUGAAAAUGAAAAUGCAAGUGAUGAUGAAAAAAAGAGAAGGCCUGUCAGUUCUCUAGUACAAAAUGCGCUUGGAGUGGCAGACAAAAGCAAGUUUAAGAAGAAGAGACCAAAGGGACCAAACCCACUCUCCUGUAAGAAAAAGAAACCAAAGCCCCAAUUGUCAGCUGCUCAAAAUCAGGGGCCCAAAGCUGAUGGCGAGGCAAAGAGAAAGAGGGUUAGGAAGCGCAAGAAAAGCCACACCGUUAGCAAGCCAACUGAAGCAACGGUUAGCUAGAAGGAUGACUUACAAAGUUACAAAAAUCUUGCUGCACAUCCAGAGGCCCUGGCACAACCUACUGAAAGAUAGAAUAGACACUGAUCUCAUGGUGCCGCUCUUUGAGUUUGCUGCGUUUAUUGAAAUGUAAUGCUUGGCUGUUUGCAGAAAUUUACGAUGAUCGCUAGUUUGGAUUUCUUUUUUUUGGUGCAGUUGAUGCAGCACUGUAUCAAAUGGAAGUUAUGGUGCUCAUAGGUUAAAUGUCUUCCCCAGUCUUAAUUAUUGGUUAUGCAGACAAUCGUUCAUCCAGAUAUGACUCGAUUAGAAUGUGAUGGCAAGGGCUGGCUGGAUGCUAUGUGCCCAGGGGUGGUCUACCCAGGGAAAUAGAUUUUUUGAUUUUAAGUCGCUGACAUGGGGGAUCAGUAGGCGGUAGCUAAUGGAUUCAUAUGUCAGUGACUCAUGUUAGAAGUUAGAGAAGACUCAUCCCUACCAAGGAUGUUGCUCUGAUGAGAGUCAGUGCCAUAGACCUUGUGCUUAGGGUUUAUGU